CAGGCCACGGAGCAGGCCUCCGUCGGGCUCGGAAUCUCGCGAGGUUCGGUGAAGAGACCGGGCUGAGGUUCUGAGGAAGAGGCCGGGUUUUUUUGUUUUCCUUUUUUGCGGCGCGGGCGGGGAAGGUUCGGUCGAGGGUUCCGCCGCGAGGUAACCGGGCAGAGGCGCCCAGCUUUGGGGUGGGCCUCUCUCAGCCAUGGAGCACAUCACGACGCCCAAGGUAGAAAAUGUCAAGUUACUAGAUCGUUACACCAACAGAAAGCCAGCAAAUGGAACAUUGUACCUGACUGCAACACAUUUAAUCUACGUAGAUGCUUCAGCUGAAGUUCGAAAGGAAACAUGGAUUCUCCACCACCAUAUUGCUACUGUGGAGAAACUGCCUCUGACCGCAUCUGGCUGUCCACUGCUUAUUCACUGCAAGAAUUUCCGUGUUGCUCACUUUAUUAUUGGUCAUGAGCGGGACUGUCAUGAAGUCUACACUUCCCUGCUGAAACUUUCUCAACCAGUGAAACCGGAAGAGCUUUAUGCAUUCUCUUACAAUCCCAAAAUGCCCAAAGAGAACCGGGAGAUGGGCUGGAAGCUGAUAGAUGUCAAAGUAGACUACCAGCGCAUGGGGAUUCCAAAUGACUAUUGGGAAAUAACCGAUUUUAACAAAGACUAUGAGGUUUGCAGCACAUACUCUCCAGAUCUAGUGGUGCCUAAAGCAGCUACUAGGGCAAUGGUGCUGGGGAGCUCAAAGUUUCGAAGCCGGGGUCGGAUACCAGCACUUUCCUACUUCUACAAAGAGAAUAAUGCUGCAAUAUGCCGUUGUAGUCAGCCCUUGUCUGGGUUAAGUGCUCGUUGCCCAGAGGAUGAACAGCUGCUGCAAGCACUUAGGGAAGCUAAUCCAGGAAGUCCCUUCAUGUAUGUUGUAGACACAAGGCCAAAGCUGAAUGCCAUGGCCAACCGAGCUGCUGGAAAGGGUUAUGAGAAUGUUGAUAACUACGACAACAUUCGUUUUAAAUUCAUUGGUAUCGAAAACAUCCAUGUUAUGAGGAGCAGCCUGCAGAAGCUACUGGAAGUGUGUGAAACGAAAUCUCCUUCAAUGAGUGAUUUCCUUACUGGCUUAGAGAACUCUGGCUGGUUACGGCACAUUAAAGCUGUAAUGGAUGCUGGUGUCUUUCUUGCUAAGGCAGUGAAAGAUGAAGGUGCCACUGUCCUAGUGCACUGCUCUGAUGGCUGGGAUCGCACUGCCCAGGUCUGCUCAGUGGCCAGCCUCCUCUUGGACCCCUUUUAUCGGACCUUUAAGGGAUUUAUGGUCCUGAUAGAAAAGGAAUGGAUUGCAAUGGGCCACAAGUUCUCACACAGGUGUGGCCAUCUAGAAGGGGACCCCAAGGAAGUGUCUCCUGUCUUCACCCAGUUCAUUGAAUGUACCUGGCAGCUCAUGCAACAGUUUCCUUGUGCAUUUGAUUUUAAUGAGAGGUGUCUUCUUGAAAUUCACGAUCACGUCUAUUCCUGCCAGUUCGGCAAUUUCCUGGGGACCUGUCACAAGGACCGGGAAGAUAUGAAAAUCCUUGAGAAGACUCAUUCCCUGUGGCCUUUCCUUCUCCAGAAGAAGCAGGAGUUCAGAAACCCUCUCUAUAAGGGAUUUGCAGCUUACAAGGAACUCCGGCCGAACACACUGCCAUUUAGUUUCCAGUUCUGGUGUGGCAUGUAUAACCACUUUGACAAAGGAAUGCACCCAAAACAGUGUGUAUUGGAUCAUCUCCUUGGCUGCAUCAGCCAGAAAGUGGAGCUGGAGGGUGUUGCUACUGACUUGGAAAAUAAGUUGCCUCCCUUAGAGGGACCACUGCCAGAUGAGGUUUCCAUCUUAUCCAAAAUGGUUACUGCAUCAACUGUCUGUUCCAAGUCCCCAAUGCUCAACACACCCCAGGACUAUGAGGAUGAGCCUCCUGCCCUGUUGGCUAAUGGCAUCCUGGCAAGGGAGGAGGGAGAUGAACCUGAUCAGCAGCUGAAGAGCCAAGAGGGUCUUGUUAAUCCCCGUGACAUUCCAGGUGGCGACAGCAGCAGCAGCAGUAGCAUCCGUGGGACCAUCCAGCCUGAGGCUCAAGCAAGAAAUCUCCAUUGAACUGAUCUUUGCAUCUGCCCUGAGCCAUAGAAAAUUGGCAAUAAAGCAUGCAAGACCUGUGGCCCAGUGCUGGGAGAGCCACCUCACUCACGUAUGGCUAAGUGUUGUGUUAUGUAUUUUGGAAGCAAGGGGGGAGGCUGGUGUUCAAAGGCUUUCAAGAGCAACCCAUGGGUUUGUAUGGGGCUGGUUUUGGGGCUGCCACAAAUAGUUUCUGGGCAUAUCUUCCAGAACAGCCACACAUGUUCCUUUUUCUGGUGCAAGUACACAUGGCUUCUGAGGCAGGUAGCCGUUUCCAAGAUGAGGAAGUUUUUUAAAGCCACAAGGUUUCAGAUACAUGGAUUCAAAAGCAUUGUGAGCUACUAGCGAAUGGAAGAAAAUGCCAGUCCAUAUUAGAGAGGCUUUCCUUGGCUGGCUUCUGACACCUUGCAUGGGAAUUCUAUUCAGUGGCAACAUUGGGUUAAUAUUUGCUGGCCCCUGCACAUAUUUUUGUAAGCAGUUGUGCCUUUUUUGUUCUUUUUUCUUUUUUUUAACUAGAGAUUACUGUCAUGUCCAACCAUUAGCAAUGUGAUGUUUUAUUACUGUGAUAUGUGGCUGUAAUGUGCAAGUUUGUGAUCUUUUUUAUUGAUACCUUUUUUAAAACACAAAACAACCUGUUUUGAACCUGUCUUGCUGAUAGUUUAUAUCUUUAUCAAUGCUAAUGAGCUUGAAUAAUAUUGUGGCAUGUAGAUGAAGUGGCGAUAGACUAUGGUCAAAGGUCUUAAAGCAUCUAUAGAAGUCUUGGCUGCUCAGUGACAUGCCAUUUAGCUUCCACUCAUUCCUGGAGGUCUAGUCCAAGCACUGUCUGGGUUACUGUGCAUCUUUGCUGGCAUAGGAAUGGGUGCACAGACUCUCCACUCCACCCCACAUACAGUAUUACAUGUGCACAGAAACUCAGUUACAUAAGACAACACAUUCUCAAUCUUCCUGGCUUUCAGGAUAAUGAAUCACAUGAAUUCAUUAACCUUGUGGAACACCUGGUUCAUGCAUGGAAGGAAGGAGGGCAGCACACCUAUUAUUCUACCAUGGGAAGCCUCUUGUCAGCUUCCUAAAUAUCUGAGCUGGACCAAAGUGUGAUUACUGUUACAUAUUUGAGACAAAAUGGGGCCGAGGUUUCCCAUUUCAUCUCUUGGGAAUUGCCUUGUGUGAUUUGUUAUUGACCUCCCAGAGUGAAGGAUUUGGAAAUAAAAUGUAUGAGUUUGUAGUGCUUCCAGUUCCACCAUUAUUGAAAUAGAUGCACAAGAUUUGUGUUGUUUUAUGCUUGUUAGUGGUCCACUCCUUAUCUGAGUGAGUGAACUGCCACCAUUCUAUAGAUCAGGGGUGGGGUACCUUGGCCUUCCAGAUGUUUGAUCCCAAUUCCCAUCAUCCUUGGCCGUUCUCUGUGUUGGUUGGAACAGAUGAGAGGCAGUUGUAUUCCAGCAACAAUUGGAGUGUCACGGGUUCCCUAUCUUUCUUUUAAUACAUUCCUUAUUGGGUAAAAUAGUGAUACGUAGGCUUGGAGAUUCCUGCUGACUUAACAAGAGGAAGAACAGUUUGCACUUGCAAAAUACUAUUUUUUCCACAAAGCACUAACAUACAGUGUAGCAUCCUACAUUUGUUUUUUACUCCCCAUCCCCCACCCCACUGUUGUGUAUUUGCAGUCUUGGCAACAGGAGUGGAUCAAAGUGAAGCACUGCUCCUUGGAAUCUUCUGCACUUAUCCAGGGAAAUGAGAUUCCAGGCACUAAAACACUGUAUCCUAUUAUGAUAGAAAAAAAGUCUCUUCAUAAGUUAGUCACACUUCCUGACUUGCCAUUAGCAGCUGAUUUCAGGACUGUGUUUUAUGGAAUACAUUUUGAAAUAUUGUACAGUUAUCCGGUCUUUAUGACCAGCCUGGCAUUUUCUCCGCAUGUAAUAUUGCCAGAAUGGUAUAUGCUUUGCCAGGACACUGAGCUCUGGUAUUCUAAUAAAGGUGCUUCUUAAGAAUCUCAGCCUGGUUAGACGAGAACAUUUCGCCUCACUUCCUCUUAGCCUUGCUGCUCAGAAAUCCAUUAACAAUAUGCUGCUAGAGAAGAUGCAAGCUUACGCUAAUGCAUAUUUAUCUUGCUUGUUUGCUUUUUGACCUGCUGGUCUUU